ACCUGUAGGGGGCGGCAAAAAACUACAAAUGACUGUGCUUCACGUUGAAUAAAACGAGGAAAAGCGACGUUGCUAUGCGACGAUAGGUCUUGUCGAUACAUUGACAAUGUUAGAAAUACAAUUAGUCGGUUUUCGCUAGUCAUAUUUUUUUUUCUGUUUACAUCUUACGGCUUUUGUGCACAUUCGCAGUCAUGCCACUUUCUGAGACAACGUACUGUCCUGAGCAGAUCAGGAUCCCUCCUGAGCUGCCCAACAUCCUCAAAAACUUCACCAAGGCUGCCAUCCGGACUCAGCCCAAGGAUCUGCUUGAGUGGUCUGUGGCAUACUUCACUGCACUGUCUAAUGGAGAACCGCUGCCUGUCAAGGAAAGAUUGGACAUGAGUGCUUCCAACCGCAAGACAGACACAGCACUGACUCCAGAGUUACUUAGGACUCUUCACAAACAGCUGUCUCAGAGAAAAACUUGCAGCAAAGAGGAACUCUGGAUGAAAUGGAAGGAUCUGUGUCUACAAGAGGAUCAGCUGGAAACCCUGCUGUCACUCGGCAGCUUCGGCUCAGAAGUUGACUGGAUGGAAUUUUUUGCCCUGGGCUGCUGUGCACUUGGAGGGACCCUGUUGAGUUCUCUCAAGUUUGCCUGUGAGAUCCUGACAGAGAACGAGGGCGGCGAAGACCCAACCAUACCAUAUGACACUUUCGUCAAACUCUACACCUACUUGGCUCACCUGGAUGGAGAUAUGCCUCAAGAGCAAAUUGACAACUAUCUCAGCAGCCUCCUGCCACAAGUCAACAAGCAGAACGGCACAAUCCGAGUUUCCAACUUCUAUGUUGCUGGGCAGUAGAAGGAAGGAGAGAGGGAAAACAAGGCAAGACAGGAAGAAACGAAGAAAGACAGAAACUAAAAUGGCAGCCUUGAACUCAACUCGUUCAAGCCCAGCUGUCGUUUCAUUACCUAGACAUUGGUUUGCUUAAUUGUUGGCAUCAGACAGACACUAGAUUGUUAUUAUUAAUCAGUGCCAGGCUGAUUGAUGCUUUGUUUUCCAGUCUGGUUAAUGUAUUUAAUUGAUCAGCAAUGGAAACACAAAGACCCUUUACACAGACUUACAGGCGCUGUUUGAUUAUCGCCUUUUUCUUUGUGUUACCUCUAGUCAACGAUUAUUUAUCAAGAACACAGUGUAUGAGUUAGUAGACCGACCAAGUCUGGUAUCUGCUGCUGCAUAUGUUUCUCUCAGCAGCCUAACAACGGACAAAUAUAUAUGAUGUAGACUGUGCAGGCACCAGUGCUUCAAGAAAUCAUCUUUAAUUUACUGCAUUUCUGCAACUUCUAGAAUGACCAUAGUGGUCGUUUUGCAUUUGUGCAUCUUGCUUUACAAAUGUACCAAUUGAAAAUACAUAGUUGUAUAAUAAUAGCAUAGCCAUCUACAAACAUUAGGCCACACAUUUUCAGUUAUUAAUCAGAAUAUUAUUAACUGAUGCAUUUUUU